AUGGAAGGCGUAGGAGAACCAGAAGUGCAAGAAGUCUUCCGCAUUCUAAGUGGUGCUUUAUCUCCAGACAAUACACUUCGAAGACAAUGUGAAAGCGAGUAUAAUUCUGUACCAUUUUAUAAGAUUAUUAAUUAUCUUUCAGCUUUAUAUAUUUUUUAAAAUAAAAAAUCUUAUAAAUUGUCAAAGCCUAGCCAAUCACAAUAAAUGAAAAUAUUUUUAUUUUUAAUAAAAAAAUAAAAUUUAUUCAUAAUAAAUAAAAUUUGGACGGCCCUCUUAGAAGGCGAAAGUAAUUUAACGAAUAUGUAAUUCUAAUUCAUUAUAAAUAGAAUAUUAUUAUCUCAGUUCCCAGAUCGUCUUAUCUUAUGCCUUCUAUUGAAUCUUCAAGGCUCAGACCUUUCAGUCAGAACCUUAGCUGCUCUUUUGCUCAAAAAAAUCGUCGACCCUCAAGCCAAACAAGAAAUAUGGGCUAAACUAGCCCCAGAAACACAUUCUGCCUGCAAAAAGAUCCUUCUAGAGCGCAUCACUGCUGAAGAAAACAAAAAAAUCAAAGAACAUAUAUGCGAAGUGGUCGGUCUCUUAGGCUCCAGCAUAUUAACAACCAAUAUAAGAGGCACCUGGGAUGAGCUUAUUCCUUAUCUUUACCAUUCUUUAUCAGCUGGUGGUGCUCAAAGCUGGGCAGCUCUCGAUGUUUUAACAGUUUUAUUCCCAUAUCUUCAUGAAGAAUUCAUUAAAAAUUCCAGUCAACUAUUGCAGUUCUUUAAACACUGCUUAGGGAUUGGCGAUAUUUCUACACGUUUUAGCUGCUUAAAGGCAAUUAAUGCACUGCUGUCUGUGGUAGAAACUGGUGAUGCUCUUUAUUUCAAAGAUUUAGUAUAAUAUUGGAGAAUUUUUUUCUUUUUGAAAAAUAUUUUUAGAUAGUGAAAGCCUUUUAAAUGCUAAAUAAUAAGAAAAAUAAUAAAUACUCUAUAAAAGAUGUGCUUAUUUCAGUUGACUAUAUCCUUACUAAUGACUUAUACACAGGCAACAAAGCCUUGGAAACCCUCAGAGAGCUCGCUGAAAGCGAGCCAAAGCUCUUCAAACCUUCAUUUAACUACUGUUUCGAACUUAUCCAGCAGAUUUAUACUAAGCCACAAAUAGAUAUCAGCACUAAAAACUUAGUAUUAGACUUUGUAGUCACUGUUGUCGAAAGAAUGCCUAAACAACUUCAAGCCCAGCUAGCCCUCGGCGAACAAUUACUUACAAGAAUCAUGGAAAUGAUGGUCAGCAUUGAUUUAGAAGUCGACGAAAGCUGGGCCAGGCCUGAUGAAGGCUUCCAAGACAAAGAAGACGAAGACGGCAGCCUUGACCUUGACUAUGCCAAAGUUGGCAGAAAAUUGAUCACCAGACUUCUCGAAUCCGUCGGGGACAAGUUUUUGCUUCAGCCAGUCCUUAGCUUAAUACAAAAAGCUUUAUCGACUGAAGGAGACUGGAGACUUACAUAUGCCGCCCUUAUGACUCUCAGUGAAAUUAUUCAAUUUGUGCAGGAACCUGAAAAAAUUGCAGAAAUCGUCCCGAUUAUUGGAAUUAAAGCAAAUUCUGACCACCCGAAAAUUAGGUAUGCGACUUUUCAUUUGAUAGGACAGGUAUGUGAAGAUUAUGAAAAUGAGUUCCAGGCUUCCCAUCAUGAAACGAUUUAUCCAAUGCUUAUGAAAGGACUUAGUGACCCAGUACCAAGAGUGGUUUCACAUUGUUUGGCAGCAAUAACUAAUUUCUUUGAAGGAGCAGGCGAAACUUUGGCAAAUCAAUAUAUAUUCUAAGGAAAUUAAAAAAAAAAAUUUUUAAUAGAAAUUAAUUUUACUCCCCCCCCCUCCGUGAGUGAACAAAACCAUUAGAAAAAUCGCCAUUUUUUGCCCAAAAACCCACCCCUCCGUGAGUGAACAAAAAUUUUUUUAAUAGAAAAAUUUUUUAUGGAAAAAAGUUUUAAUAUAUAAGUGAUAAUUAGUAUAAUGAAAUCUAGAGCUAAUUAUGUUUAAUUUUAGACGAAUUGGUUUUUAAAACAUAAAUUUUAUAAAUUAAAUUAAUAUUUGCUUUCCAAUUUUCGCGAAUUAGGAUUUUUUUAAAUUUCGAAAACAAAUAUUUUUUAUAAAAUUUAAUAAAUUUUUUUAAAAAAACAAAUUAACCCCCCUCCAUGAGUGAACAAAAUUUUUUUGUUCACUCACGGAGGGGGGGGAGUUAGGAUUAUUUAUUAUGAUAGAGAAUAGGCCAACUUAUGCCAAAACUCAUUGAAUUUCUAACUACCCCGCAGCAUUCUAUAGUAAUUGAGCACGCUUGUACCACAAUUGCGUCAGCAGCUACAGUUUGCAAAGACUUUUUCAAAGAAAACUUUGUAAGCGUGGUUUCCUAUUUAAUUUCACUUCUUGAUAAGUACCAAAAAGAUUGCUACAAAACUCUUCGUGGCAGAGUAAUUGAAUGCAUCACUCUUAUGAGCGUAAACGUCGGAAAAAACAUUUUUGCCCCUCACGCUACCAAAAUAUUCUUUUUAAAGCAGAUGAAUUUUUUUAUUUUUUUUUAAAAAAUAAAAUAAUUAUUCUUUUUUAUAAGAAAUAAUCCACAUAAUGAGAACUCUACAAGAAGGAGACUUAGAAAAUAGUGAUGAGCUUGUAGGAUAUUUGCUUAAUGGCUGGCAACGAAUCUGUGAAGUCUUAGGCUCCGAUUUCUGCGAAUUUUUAGAUGCUGUCGUCCCUGGACUUCUAAGAAUGGUCGAAAAACAAAUGGAAAUCAGUGUCAGCUCUACCCCUGACUUAUUUAUCGACGUCCAAAAAGCUUUUGCUGACUUCCCACCCUUUAAACUGGUAAAAAAAUCCUAUUACAAUUUAAAGAAUGAAAAUUUUUAAGAAUGAAAAUAUUUUUAAAAAUUAAAAAUAUAUAAACGAGCCCAAUACUUUUGAAUUUUAAUUUAUUUUAUGAAGAUCUAUUCAAAAAAUUAAAUAAUUCAGUGCGAAACUGUUUAAUAUUCUGUAAGUCAAAAAUAAUUUUAUAAAAAUGUGUUCCAAUAUAAAAGAGUUAAAUUACCCCCAAAAAUGGAAAUUUUAAUUAUGUUUUGUUCCAAUUUAAAAGGGGGAGUGAGGAAAAAAAGAAAAGCAUCAGCACAACUAUAACAGAAAACAAAGAGCUUGCAAUGCAUACUUUGUUAUCUUUUGUAGACACACUUAAAGGAGGCUUUGCUAAAUAUAUUGAGCCAGCUGUCCGUGUAGCCUUGCCAAUGGUCAAUUUUAAGCUAAAUGAAGACGUCAGAGGUGCCGCAGCUGGAUUAUUAGCAGGAAUUGUAGAAGUCCAAAAAAAUUCCGGAGAGCCAGAUGCGAUCCAAAAAUCAUGUGAAAUGGCCAAAGCAUUUAUAGCAACUCUAUGGGAAGCACUUGAGGACGAAUUUGUGACUGAAACACAAGUGGAUCAGCUCAAUGCUUUGAAAUCAAUUAUAGAAAUACCUGGAAUCCCAUAUUUGAGUCAAGAAGAAGUUAACCAAAUUGGAGAAAAAUCAUUGAAAUUGCUAGAUUAUGAUUAUGCCGUUCGCCUGGCAGGGCGGGGAUUUCCACCUCUCCACGCUCGAGGAAGCUCGCCGGACACCAUCCUUGUUGCCGCAAACAAGGGAUUCGCACACCGAUCCAGACUUUCAUGGCUUCUAGAGCUAAGGGCCAGCUACCUGGGUCGAAACUCCAAGUUUCUCGUUAGGUAAAUACCUUCUUCAAUGCCUAAAGGGUCAUCGCCCUACAGGCAUUGGCCGACCUUGUUCUUUCCAAUGACUGUUCCGGAGGAAAAAUCUUAAGUCCCAUGGAUUAAUCCUUGGGGACCAAGGAAAACCUAUAAAGGAUUACUGACCCCUUUUCCACCUAAAUCCCCAUCACUGGGCCGUUGCCUCUGGUGUUGAGGAAAUAGGAUCGAGAGGUCGGGUCUAUCGUCACCAUUUUUAUGUAUAUGAAAUUAUUAGAUAAUUCGAUAAAAAGCAGGGACAUUCCUAAUGAAGACAGCGACGAAGAAGAUGAUGAAGAAUUCACAAAAUUCAAAAAAUCAGAAGAAGAUAGCUUGCAUACUGCUAUUUCUGAAGUAAUUGGGGCAAUAUUCAAAACUCACAAAGAUUUGAGUCUUUCUAUUGUCCAGUUUUUAAUUUUGCAUGUAUAUUUUGAUAUAUUAAUUCUUAUAAACCAUUUCCCUUAUUUUUCUAAUUUUUUAUUAAGCCAACAUUAAUUUAAUUUAAAAAUAUUUCCUAAGUUUUUGACCAAUGAGUCCUCAGACGAAGACCACAAAUUCGUGAUUUUUGUCAUUGAUGACGUUAUAGAAUUCCUUGGCCAAGGACUUGUAGAAAACUCCUGGAAUGCUUUAGGAGAAGCUUUAAUCAAAUUUGCCGCAGAUCCUAACGACGCAGUCCGACAAGCUGCUUGCUAUGGAUUAGGCAUAUAUGCUGUUAAUUCAAAUGUCUCCACAUUCCAACAAUGGACUGGGCACAUUCUUACAGUUCUUGAGCAAGCUAUCAGAAUUCCAGUCGGAAAAAGGGUAAAAUCUCAUGGGCACGCUAAAGAUAAUGCAAUAGCUUCUAUUGGGAGAUUAAUUAAAUACCAGCAUGCGAACUUAAAUUUAGAAGCUGUAAUUCCAGCUUGGAUUGAAUUAUUGCCACUUAAAUGGGACAAGGCAGAAGCUGUCCAAGUUAAUGAGCUUUUAGCUGAUUUAGCUUUAUCGUCAAGCCAUCAAGGGUUAACGUUUGGGUCGAAUUAUGAAAGAUUGCCAAAGAUUGUCCAUCAUUUUGCUGAUAUUUUAGAAACUAAGUAUAUCAACAAAGACACGACGGAAAAAGUUAAACUGCUAUUUACAAAUCUGAGAAAUUCACAAAUUCCUGAUCUUGCUUCGAUAUGGGGAUCACUAAAAGAGGUGCAGCAGGCUAAGGUGAACAGGCUAUUAAGCUCUUAA